GGCGCCGGAGUCCGGGGCCGCCGCUUUCCCCACCCGAUCUGCCGAGGCGCCUGGCCCCUCCUCCCCCCCCCCACCCCCCGCCGCCCCCACGCCCGCCGCCCCUGUUAAAGAUAAACCGGGCCGUUGCGUGCAAGAGCAGCGGCAACCAGCGAUCGGGCCCGGAAGAGCCUCGGGUGAGGCUUCGCCUCUCCGGCCCAGCGCCCUUAUCAGCACCGCGGAGAGCACAGUGACCGUCUCCAGGACCUAGGCGCCCGCCCGCCCAGCAGCCCACGGGCGCACGGGUCUGCGGCGUCCGCAUCAGCACCGCGGACAGCGCCCCGGGCCCCGCCUCGUUGCCGCCAGCCCACCUGCUCCCCGAGUCAGCACGGCGGACACCCCGCCUCGACGGGCCCCGCAGCUGCUCGGCGCUGUCAGCGCCCCCGGAACAUGGCCACUGAGGUCCACAAUCUGCAGGAGCUCCGGCGAAGUGCCUCGCUGGCCACCAAGGUCUUUAUCCAGAGAGACUACAGCGAUGGGACCAUCUGUCAGUUCCAGACCAAAUUCCCCCCAGAGCUGGACAGCCGGAUCGAGCGGCAGCUCUUUGAGGAGACUGUGAAGACCCUCAACAGCUUCUACGCAGAGGCGGAGAAGAUUGGGGGCAGCUCCUACCUGGAGGGCUGCCUGGCCUGUGCCACGGCCUACUUCAUCUUCCUCUGCAUGGAGACCCACUAUGAGAAGGUCCUCAAGAAGAUCUCCCGAUACAUCCAGGAGCAAAAUGAGAAGGUCUUUGCCCCCCGAGGCCUCCUGCUCACAGACCCCGUGGAGCGUGGGAUGAGGGUUAUAUCCUUUCCAGCUGUUCCGUGCGAGGGCACAGAGCUGCCGGCCAGUGGGCCCCUGAUCGAGAUCUCCAUCUACGAGGACCAGUGCAGCAGUGGCAGCUCCAGCAGCGGCAGUAGCAGUGGCAGCGGCAGCAGCAGCGGCGGGGCGGGUGGCCGGUGACUGGCCGAGAGUCCCUGCAGGGAGGUGUACGACUGGACUGAGGGCCCUGCAGACCUGUGGCGGCUCCGCUACCAGAGCACCCGCUUCUGAGUCGUUCUCUGGGCCCACCCUGCUGCCCAGGGCAGGAGGGAGGGUGACCUGCCCAGUGUUGCCUGAGGGCCAUCAACGGCGUCCCCUGCCCCUUGCCCCCUGGCAGGACGGUCCACUUUCUGACCUGGCUCUUACCCGACGGGGCUGGUCUGGGUCACACAGAGGCAGGUUUUCCAGGGGGAGGCUGGGGUGGGGACAACACAAUUUGGACAGCCCCUCUCUUCUGCAGCUCCCCUCCCAACACCCCAGAAGAGGAUCCAGGUCUGUCACAUAGAGACUUCCCAUCCUGCACGAUUCCUCACCCCAAAUCCUGCAUCCACCAGGACUCCCUCCCUCGGGGCCCUGCUCCCCAUGGCUGCCUCCCAGUGUCUGCUCUUUCUGAUGCCACCACGGGGCCUCUGCCUGUCUGUGACCCUGCCUCCACCGAACUCAAGGUCUGGGGAGACAGGAGUGGUCAGCCUACGGGCGCUGCGGUGGGGAGCUCUUCAGCCCCCUCCUGACCUCUUCUAGACUCAUGGUGUCCCUGUCCUCCACCCAGAGCCUGGAGGUCAUCUUAGCCUUGCCAAGAAGCGUCCAAGUCCUGCGACUUUGCAGGCUACCGGGUGCUGGUGGUGGGGCACAUGGCCUGGGGCUCUGGGAGGUUAUAUGGGGGUCUGGAGAAAUGCCUCAUGGAAAGAUGUAGCCUUGGGGGGUUUAACCUCCAGAACUGGAGCCAACUUCCUGAGAUUAGAACCUGCACGUGUGUGAGAAUGAGUGUGUGUGCACGCAGGCACAUGUGUAAGUGCACAUAUGUGAGUGCACUAUGUGCAUGAAUGCACCUGUGUGUGAGGGCAGGUGUGUGCAUGAGUGCAUGGCAAGUGCACUUGUGUGAGUGUGUGUACGGUACAUGUGUGUGUGCAUGUAUGUGAAUGAGUGCACUUGUACGUUCCCCUUGGCUGCUGGGCCAAUGACUGCCCCUCUCUGCAUCCUGUCUUAUCUUCGUGUGCCACGGUCUGUCUGCUUCCCUGUGUGGGUCCAGCCUGUCCCCCUGUAAAUAAAUGUCCUAAUGUCCCUUGCCCCUUGCCUGGGCUGCCAGCUUGGCUCUUCUUCCUGACCUCUCCCCUACCUGCAAGGUUCUCCCCACCUUCUGACUGUACUGUGUACAUUCUAACAAAAAAGAAGUUGGGGUUCUAGGAGAACAGAGCCAACCUUCCAGGGCCUUCCGUGCCUCCCUCUCAGUCCCUCAUGACAAGGCAAUGGGGCCAUGGACACUGCAUAUUCAGCCCGCCUAGGCUCCGGGGCUCUCUAAGGCUGUGUAAGUGAGGCUUCUUUGGAAGGUCAAAGGAGCUGCUAACCUGCAGGGGAAAAGGCAAAUUCCUUUCUUGAAAGGAAAGAGGGGUGUCCAGCCAAUGAGGCCCUGCCUGCCGACACCCGGCAGCCCCAUCCUGGUGCCUGAAGAUGGACAGAAGGACACUGCCUGCCUCAGCCGGCAGGAGGUGCUAGAGUGGAUAUGAAAGACCAGCUAGCCAGUAGCUUUCUGGAACCAAAGAGGGGCCUGAUUUUCUUUUGGAUGCAGGAGCAGUGUGUAGGAAAGCUCCAGAGAGCUGGAGAGGGCAGCCCAGCCCCUGAGCCUAAGUGGGUCCUGGUCCAAGGAUGCCCCAGGUGAGCUUGCAGCCCAGUGGGCUCCAGCACAGCCCCUACCCCUAUACCCACCCUGGCCCACCGUAUGGCUGGGGCUGACCUGUGCGUCUCCUGUGGGAGGGCUGGGCGUAGGCAAUGUGGUGGCCUUUUGCUUUAUUAUUUCUUUUUCCAAUAAAAGGACUUGCCUAGCUUGAGGCUCUGUGCUGCUUCUCUCCCCCACGGUGAUGGGAGGCCAGAUCUAUGCCCCAGGACCAUGGUGAGGGGGUGUUUGGCCGCCCACCCACCUCACACCGAGGAGGCAGGGAUGAGUGUGUUCCUGAAGAGGCAGCACCCUGACACGGGCAGGACGGGCCCUGUCUUCUUGGAGCUUGCAGUCUAGUGGGAGUCAGACACUCUGCGUCCCUAAUCUGGAGCCUUUAUGCGGCCCUGGGAUCCUUAGGUGGGGGGAACAGGUUGGACUGAAAGCCAGGUCAAAAUCAAGUCAUGGAUUAAUUAAAUACCCAUUUCUUGAGCUCAUAUCUGUUCGGGGUUGGAUCACACAGGUCACUCAGUUCUAAAGAAAACUAUGCGGGUGUUGGAACCUAGUAGAGUUGUGUCUUGGCUUUUAUAAAACGAAAUAACAUUUAAUGAGCACCUACUGUGUGCCAGAUACUUUGCUAAAACCAUGUGGCACAAGUGUGGGAGGGCAUUUAAAGUCAUCUAAGUGAGGCAGAAUGGAGGCCCAGAGAGGGUGAGUGACUUGCCCUAGGUCACACAGCUGGUUGAUGAUAGUGCCAGGUUUAGAACCAAGGUCGUCUCCUGACCCAGUGCUCACUCUGACACUUUGGGGAUGACACGCAAAUGGAAGUUGCCCGAGAGUGUAGGAUGGCUGGGGUCACACAUUCAGGUCUGUGGGCCAAGAGAGGAUCCCACCAGACCGUGGGGACAAUGGCUCCACCUCUGGGUGGGAGUCUGGGGGGACCCUCUCUGAACAGGACCCUGCGUGGCUUCCCUGCUUGUACUUUCUGCUUCUAAGGGGCAGCUAGACUUGCUGACUCUGCUGAAACCUGGGGUGUGGGUGGGUUGUCACAAUGGAGGCUGUUCUUUAACAUGCGGGUAGGUUCAUUUUGUCUGUCCUGUUUGCAACAUUAUUAGUAGUAGUAAUAAUAAACAAACAAUAGUAGCUAACAUUUAUUUAGCACUGACUAUGUGCCAGGCACUAGGCUAAGACUCUACAUAAUUCAUCAUUCAAUCCUCACAAUGACCCUCUGUGGUGUGGACUAUUAUUCCCACUUUACAGAUGAAAAGACUGAGGCUCACAGAAGUUAAGUAACUUGCCCAAAACUAUACAAGUAGAAAGUGGCAGAGCUUGGCUUUGAAUCCAGACAGUCUGACUCCAAACUGUGGGGAAGACGAUACCAGCUUCAGAGACCCCCUCAGCCAUCCUAGGGUGAGGAUUUGGCAGAUAACCCAGGGAAGGGCUUGGAGCUGUGCCUGGGCUCCAAGGGAGGUCUGGUACCUUCAAGCCCAGGGCAUCACGGGAGUGUGGGUGGUUGGGCUCCUCAUGGGCGUGCGGGGCCCACAGGGGCAGCUUGGUGAAGGGCAGUGAGGGGAGAAGCCGGCUGAGGCGUGGCUUCUCUGCCUGGCUUUCCUCUGCUGGCUCAGUUAUGGGGGAAGUGGCAGCCAUAUCCCUGCAACCUCCUUGCCAGCCAGAGACAGGCCCCAUCAGGCCCCAGGAGCAGAGGAACCCCCAGGCAGCUCUGGACUGCUGCUCCCCCAUCACUGUCCCCUGACUCCGCUUUCUGGCUUCCUUUGGCCAAAGGCAGGGGUGUGUGCGAAAACCACAGGGUUUACAGAAGCUCGUGGUGCCACCGAGUGGUGGCAUCUUGCACUGCACCCCCAAAUCAAAGCAGAUUGGGCCAGAGCAUCUCAGCUGCUGGGAAACUUCUCUGCGACCCCCAAACAAGCAGCUGCUCCCACCUGCAAGGACUUUUCUGUGACUUCCAGAGUGGCACGGGGCAAAGAUGGAGUCCAGUCUGUGGUGACUCUUUCUCCCUAUGGCCAGCCACUGGGGUGCUGCCUUUCUCCUGGGGGUCUUGCAGCCUGGGAAACCCGACCUCCCUUCUCCAUAGCUCUGGAAGGACUUACAGUGACGCGGUGUCUGGCAGGAGGCACCCACACCUGGUUUUGGCUUUAUUGUUCACCAUGGGUGAAGGCAAUGCAAAGAGCACCCCAAGUCAGACCUGAAUUGGAGCUCCGGCUUCAUGACAGUUGCAUAUGGUGGAAAGACCUGGAGCUUUAGUUUCCCCAGCUGUAAAAUCGGGAUACUAAUACUUUACAGAAUUGCCUAGACCUGUGCUUCUCAUCCUUGGUCGUAAUCAAAGUUACCUUGGGCGUAAGAAAAACCACUGAUGCCUGGUCCUGUCCCCAGGGAUUCUGAUUUCAUUGUCCUGGGGUGCAGCCUGGGCAUCAGGAGUUUUAAAACUUCCCCUAGAGAUUCUAGUGUGAAGGCAAGGUUAAGAACCCCUGGUUUCGACGGUACCUAGAGCCUAUAAGCUUUUCACAGGCCUCUGAAGAUAUCUGAGACUUGAAUGGAAAAGUUGAUUGGUUCCAUGAAUUCAGCCAGACACAAAAUGAGUAUGAACUCUAUGAUUGCACUUAUAACACAUUCUAAUACAGGCAAAACUAAUCUAUGGUGUUAGCAGUCAGGAUAGCGGCUGCCCUGGGGUGGGGGGCAGC